AUGGGAAGAAGAGCGUCAGGCUUCCAGGUGGAAUCCUUAGACGGGAAAAACAGCCUUCCACUUCCAAGUCUCGUCGAAUGCGACAAAAUACCCAACGACAGGUCCGGCAUCCCAACUCCUGAGGCAGCCCUCCACCACCCACAUCUGAGAAAAAUAGCACACCUCAUCCCCACCGUGGAGCCUAAAACUCCUAUAAUGCUCCUUCUGGGGCGUGACAUUCUAAGGGUACACAAAGUGCGCCAACAUAUAAACGGCCCCCAUGAUGCCCCAUAUGCACAGAAACUGGACCUCGGAUGGGUCAUAGUUGGCAAUGUCUGUUUAGGGAAAUUUCACCCACCCACCAUAAUAAACACAUUGCAUACACAUAUAUCUGAUGGGGGACGCCCUACCCUUUUCGAACCGUGCCCGAACAGAUUCGAAAUUAAAGAGAGCUUCAGCAUCAGCAAGAGGCCAUACUCUACCGAGAUGGAAGACCACCUAUUUCAACGGACCAAGGACGACGAAAGGGCGGCGCCUUCUAUUGAAGAUAUCGCCUUCCUGAACAUCAUGGAGCUGGGAGCCGAGAAAGACAAAGACAACAGCUGGGUUGCUCCUCUACCCUUUAGAUCUCCCCGACGUCGUCUCCCUUAUAACAGGAAACUGGCAGAGAGUCGACUUUCUUCACCGAGACGUAGCCUCGAUAAGAAACCUGCGAUACAAAGACCCUUUACACGUAGGGGCGUUUUAUCGACCCUCAACAGUCUGUAUGACCCCUUGGGAUUUGCUGCCCCCGUCACCAUUCAAGGAAAGUUAAUCUUGAGAGAGCUAACUCAUGAAAACAGCGAGUGGGACUCACCUCUCCCUCAAGAAAUGCACAAAAUCUGGUCUUCAUGGAGAAACUCCUUGGAAGCGCUAAACGAGGUCCGAAUCCCUAGGGCCUUCACAAACAUACCACUCUCAAAAGCAGUACAUAAAGAGCUGCACAUCUUUUCCGAUGCAUCGACCAAAGCCAUCGCUGCAGUGGCCUAUCUCAAGGUCACCGACGAUAAAGGAAACAACCAAAUUGGCUUCAUCACGGGGAAAGCGAAACUUGCCCCACGACCCGAACAUUCAGUUCCCAGACUGGAGCUCUGUGCCGCCCUCCUGGCAACCGAACUGAGCGAACUAAACACCUCCUCAGACCCGUUGCCAGGAUUGUCCUUCUCUGUGACGAGAACUAGCACAUUCCUUGACGUCGAAGACGUCAGGCGGGGAGUGUUCUGUUCUGUGUACAACAGACCUACUAGCACCCAUCUCCCUUUAUCGGCCCCUUUGCUUGGGGGCUUCUUUCUGACCCUACACCGGUUGAAGGUUCCCGGUGCUCAGCCUCUAUCUAGUUUAGCUGUCCCCAGCACGGCCACAUGGCAUGCCCCCAGCUUGGCCGCAUGGCAUAGUUUUCAUCCUUUAAAUAUCUCGUCAUUCUUGGACAUCUCCGGUAAGAACUAUCGCCUUUUUUCCUUCCUAUUAUGGAAUUAUUUAAUGCAAGCAUUAUUUUUUAGUAUCAUUUUCUUCCUUAAACGAACUUUGUUUACCUUCUCACCACGUGCGGAACCUCCACCUUUCCUCUCGGAACUUGACUGUUACUCAGCAUAA